AUGGCCGAUAUCGAUAAUGUACCCCUCACGAAGGUCGACUCCGCCGUCCAGGGUCUCUCGUCGUCGCCGCCAAAGGAGAAGGGCCAUCGCCGCAUGAGCUCAACGGCUGCUGGAGUGUUCAACAUCAAUGACUUAGAAAAGGAAGGCACGGAACUCCUCAUUGCAAAGGAGACCCAGAAGCUCAACUGGAGAAUCAACAAGUCGCCCACAACUGUGGAGGACAAGGACUACUUAAAAAAAUUCCUCACCACCCCACCGGUCAAGAAGAUCGACCUACACUUCCCACUGGGACUCGAGGUAACGGCACGGAACCUGAAGGGCGUAACCAUCAAGGAUGCAUUAGAUGCAAUCUACAAGCAGUUCAGGAAGAAGGAGGAUGACGAACUCGAAAACCCCGUCCUCGCUGGCUUCGAAUGGGACAAAGAAGAGUCCUGGACCCGCUUAAUCGUGCACUGCAAGAAGGAGGGCGCCGCACCCAUGACCAAGAAGUCCAAGAAGAAGGCCAAGGAUGGUGAAGAGGAGUAA